UGUCACUGGUUUUUAAAAGGCUGACGUUCAAAUUAUGUGAUGAAGUCAAGUCUGUUGCUCAAUGUCUAAUUCCUCUGUGUGGAAAACAAGGGGACACACAGCCCAGUGAACACAGGCUGAACACAGGCUCUCUGUGUUUCUCUGGGACGGCUUUCGUUGAGCUGAUAAAGUUAUUUACUGGAUUUAGCCUCUGAAGAUAAUCAAACAUUAUAUUUUUAAAAGUAGUUAAAAGUCUACAGAGCUGGGUUUUCAGUGGUGAGGAGCUGACAUGUGGUGAGUUCCACUGUGGGAGGCCAUAGUGCUGGUGCACUGGCUGCUUACAGUAUGGGGCUGCAUGGCGUGGCUGCCCACCUCCUUCGCCUGGGGGAACUUCAGCGUGCUGGCGGUGGGCGUGUGGGCCGUCGCACAGAGGGACUCCAUCGACGCCGUGCUCAUGUUCCUGGUCGGGAUGAGUCUGACGAUACUGACCGACAUCAUCCACUUUGGGAUUUACUACGACCUGAACGAGUCGCUGCCGCUUCGGGCGAAGGACUUGUUCCACUUCAGCGCAGGGAUGGCCAUUCUCAACCUGCUGCUCAAACCCGUGACCUGCUUCUUCGUUUACCAAAUGUACCGCGAGCGAGGAGGAGACUACAACGUCAACUUCGGUUUCCCCUCUGUAUCACGGACCAGAGACGCCUACCAGUCCAUCGACCAGCAGGAAGAGUCCUCCGCCCCGGCCAACCCCUUCAACCAGGCCGAGGAGAGCAAACCAGCAGUGCGCACAUACUGAGUGAACCACACACUGUUUCUCCUCUGACACUCUAUGCAGCAGUGCUCAGGGGCAACUCUCACAAAUCGAUUCAGUCCGUUUGUUUCCCGUACAAGUCGCUCGGCUGCAGCGCUGAAAAACAAAUUGAAUUCCUUUAUUAUGGUAAACCGGCCCGGUCUGGGUUUUAAAAUGAAAAGUGGCGUAAUUAAACCCAUCGUAACUUUGUGUGUUGGAAGGUGGGAAAGUUUUUCUUUUUUCUGGUGAGCUCAUUCAUCACUGCUGAAUAAAUACUGGCUCCAGCAGUCCUGGGCUGUGUGGCUACUAUUUUUAGUGGAACUGUUAUUUUGUAGGAGUUUCACUGGUUUACUUUUCCCAAGUGUCUUGUUAUUUUUUUACAAAUGUGGCGUUUACAGACAUUACGAGUCAAUUGUGUUUCUGUAAAUGUUUAAAGACUCGUGCUCUGCUAUAGGAUAUUGUUCUUUUCCUGUUUGUGUUUUCUUUACGACGCAGUAACACUUUUUAACACCGGAGUUUGUCAAGCCUGAGAAACGACCAAAGCUGGAGUCUGAUUGGUUUGUUUGUGUUGAUCUAUACAAAAUCCUGAUGAAAACAGCACUGUGUGAAAUAUACGUUUUUUAAAUGAUAGAGGAAGAAUCUUCCCUGUUUAUAUAUAACAACAUGUUCAACCAGUUCAAAUGUAUCAUUCCCUAGAUUGUCCUUAAUAUAAUGUAAAUCUCUUUUUUCGAGGAUGUGAAGACAGUCCCCUUAAAGGGAAGGUCUGCUCAUUUUCAACCUGGGCCCUGUGUUUAUCGAUGUGGGAAUGAAUGGUGCUUCACAAAAACAACAACUUCAGAAUCAGUCCAGUAGAACGUCUCCAUCAGAAGCUGCAGUACAAUGUAAUCCUAUGGGGCAACUGCGACCGUCCAUGAAAUGUCCCCUAAAAGGCUCAAAUUGAUGUAUCAGGUCUUUCCUAAGAGUCUGGCUUGUAAGUUUUGUAAGAACCUUUAGAGUUAGGUUGAAAAAUAACAGAAUUCCCCUGCAUUAGAUUGCACACACUCAUCGAAAUCUAUUGCCUAAAUGUGCCGGACGGUAAAAUUGUGACAUUUUUGAAAGUCCUGCGUCCGUCCCCUUCAUCCAGAUCCACAUCUACACUUAUUGGGAUCUUUUUUGACUCUUUUUUGAGUUGUGUGGUUGUUUUUGUGUAAAUCCUGCUGACGAUCAAAUUGACCAUCAAGAAACAACCGACAGGGGGUGAAAACAUAACCUCUCAGUCCUGAUCCUGACAAACUGCUUAUCAGAAGAUGUUCCUGUGAUGUACAAGCAGCAGAUAUGAGACAUUGAUUUAACAUCACCAAUGAUACGUGACUUUGAAUCUUUAUAUUUCCCCAGCAGCUCUGUGCACGUCAUUCCCUGAAGAGAACAUGAAGUGUGUACUCUUCAGUGUGUACUCUCUCUGUUAAACACUGAGGUCAGAGCUGUGGCUGCCGACUUCCCUGAGCGAUUUCCCCAAUUUGUAUUUUUUGUAUUUUUAACACUCGGUUCUCUUUUGAAAGUGUGUCGAGCUCAAAGUUCCUGUUUUUAGAUCCCAAUUAGUGUAAGUGACAGAGCAGAGAUGUGGUAACUGUGGAUGUGUGAAGCAAUCAUUGCUCAGCGCUGUGAGAACCGGACGUAAGGUCAGAACUUUAAACUUCAGUUUGUUGCAAUUGUAUUUUUUUGAAGUUACACAAUCAACACUAAUGUUCAUUUCUACUUCUUGUAUGACUGUGGAUUGAGAACAUAGACUGUAAAUAAAGAUGCACAACACAUCUCCA